AUGAUCUCAACAGCAUGGGUCGAGCCUGAUACCAUAGCCCGCCCUGUCGCCGUAAUAGGCGGCGGCGUUCUGGGGCGUCGACUAUGCAUGAUGUGGGCAGCAGCCGGGCACUCGGUUCAGUUGUAUGAAAAGUCCCCGGAAGUCGCCAGUUCAGCCAUAAAGUAUAUCAACGACGCCAUGCCCGAACAAUGCACCAAGCUCGGCACUGAGCCAGGGAGUGUGUUCCUCGCCACCUCCUUGCAGGAUGCAGUCCAGAACGCCUGGAUGGUCAUUGAGGCCAUUCCAGAGAUCCUCCCCUUGAAAAUUGAACUGUUCGGCCACCUGGACCAACUCGCCCCACCGGACUGUAUUCUGGCCACCAACUCCUCCUCGUACAAAUCCAGCGAGAUGAUCCAGCAGGUCACCCGGAGAUACCGCGUGUGUAACGGACACUACUACAUGCCUCCGGACCAGAAUCAUCUCGAGAUCAUGACCUGCGGAUACACGGAUCCCUCCAUCAUUGCAUUUCUGAUGGAGCAGUCCGCCGCAGCGGGAUUCGUGCCCAUCCAUGCCAAGGUUGAAUCGACAGGGCUGAUCUUCAAUCGGAUAUGGGCUGCAAUCAAGCGAGAAUCUCUCCUAGUGAUGGCUGAAGGGGUGGGAACGGCCGGAGAUAUCGAUCGACUGUUCAAGGGUUGGUUUCAUGGGGAGGUUGGGCCGUGUGAGAUGAUGGAUCGGGUGGGGUUGGAUACGGUGUACAAUAUCGAGAAGCAUUAUGUGGAGGAGAGAGGGCUGGAUGCGAAGCCUAUCGAGUGGCUGAAGGAGAAUUACGUGGAUCGAGGGCUUCUCGGACGGAAAUCUGGGAAGGGAUUACUGUCUGAAGAGAGCAAUGGCCACGCUCAGUAG